GCCAAAAAUCCCCAUACCCUUCUUCCUCCUCCUCCCUCGCCGUCGCCGUCGCCAUCGUUCUCCCACGUCCCCCGAAUUGCCCUCUCCUGUGUGGCUGUCGCCUUUGGGAGGAGUCCCCUCUCUGCCCCGCGCUUGGAUUGGAUUGGAUUGGGUUCGGUUGGAUUGGAUUGGAUCCAAAUAUCCAAUCUUGGUCGCGGGCGGGGGCGGGGGGCGUUUGUUUCCUCCCAAUUUGUCUCGCUCGGCUUGCUCGACUUGCUUCUUGAGUUCUUGCUUCCAUCGCCAUUGCCGCUGCUUUGUCUUUCUUCAGCUAGGGGCUAAAAGCCGGCGCCUUUUUUUUUUUUUUGGUUUUUUGGAGAGGAGACGGAGACCGGCCAUGGGUUUCUUGGCCGGCGUCUGCCUCCUCCAGCUGCUGCUGUUCUUGGGCUCCGCUUCUUCGCGAGUGGCGGCGGCGUCGACGCCGCCGUCGGCGCGGGCGCUGGACGCAAUGCUGCAGGACUACGCGUACAGGGCCUUCGGGGCGCACCCGCACACCGGCAUUGUCUACAACGCCGCCGCGCCGGCCAACCUCACCGGCGUCGCGCUGUCCGCGGUCCGCCUGCGCAGCGGCAGCCUGCGGAGGAAAGGGUUCCCCCGCUACUUCGAGUUCGCCGUGCCCACCGGCGUCGUCGUGCAGCCGUACGUCGAGAGGGUGGUGCUCCUCUACCACAACCUCGCCAACUGGUCCGACUACUACUACCCGCUCCCGGGCUACACGUACCUCUCGCCGGUGCUUGGCCUGCUUGUCUACGACGCCGCCAACUUGUCCGCGGUGGGAUUGCAGGAGCUCAGCUUUGUCGCCUCCGAGAGCCCGAUUUCGAUAAAUUUCAGUGAUGUCAAGACUGUGCCGCCAGGCAGCCCGGCUCCUCGCUGCGUGUGGUUUGAUUUGGAUGGCGUGCCGCAGUUCCGGGACUUAGAGGCGACCAACGUGUGCUCGACGUAUCGCCGAGGACAUUUCUCAAUUGUGGUGAACUCUAGCGAGAUUGCUCCGGGUCCAGUGCCUUCAGGCAACAUUACCCCUCCAAUACCGACUCCUGCAGGUCAUUCUAAGGGCAGCUCCAAGAGGGGGUGGAGGAUUGCCGUCGGCGUGGUUGGGGGCGUCGUAGCAUUGCUGCUGUUGGCAUCGCUUGUGGUGUGUUUGGCGAGGUACAAAAGAGAGAAGAAAUUGCAGGUGAUGGAAAGGAAUGCAGAGGCUGGGGAGACAUUGCGUAUGUCGCAGGUUGGGAGGUCACAAGCGCCUGUGGCAUUGGGGACAAGGACGCAACCGGUGAUUGAGAGUGAGUAUGUUGCAUAGUUGAUUCAGCAGAAUUCAGGCAACAAGGCUCACUGGUGAUGCCUGGAACUGCCGUUUGGUUGGCUGAGGCAAACCAAUGAUUUAGCGCAUAGACUCAGCUCAUGCAGGCUCAACAACAUUCUUUUGACAGUUUUGUUGUUCGGAAGGUUAUUUGUUCUGGAAUGGCUCUUAUUGAUGUUCAUAGUUGCCAUGUUCGUAGUGAGGAGCUCCUUUCAUCUCCAAGCAAGCAAUGGGGAAGAAACGGUUGUAGUGUCAGAUUUGAAAUUCCUUAUUUUUUGGAUUGCUGUAUUCAAAAGGAUUUGGGCUUUGGAAAUAAAGGUGAUGGAAUUUUAUUGCA